ACUCAAUCGGUGCAACAAUGGCUUGGGCUCUCGGCCCGCGUUUCCAUCAUCAGGCCCAUGUCCCAAAAACUGGUUCGCGCCAAAGCCCAUAAGACCACACCGUGAGACCUCGGUAAAGAGGAAAUCAAACCGACGAAAAAAGGAAUUUGGGGAAAUCAGAGAUCGAAAUUGAUCAGCCAUGGUGGAGAUCGUCGAGGAAGAAGACGGCGGCGCUCCUCGGAGUUCCAGAACCGGAGAAUUCGUCAACGGUGGCGUCGAGAAGAAGAGAACAAAGGAAGUGAAUAUGGUGGAGAUCACGCUCAAAACAAUUGGCCCUUCUCCCUCUUCUCGCCUCCACAUUCCGUCUCCCGUCACGGUGCGUGACUUGAGGAAAUUGAUAGCUGAAGAUAAGAAUCUUCCGGUUGAAAAUCUGAGAGUAGUCUUGCACGGGAAGAUGGUGGAAGAUGGUGGAGAUGAUGAUAGGCUCGUUAGACUAAAGGAUAAUGAUUCUUUGAUUGUGGCUGUGAAACCAAAACCUCCUGCUAAGCAUCUCCAGGAUGGAUGUGACGACGACGAUGAUCUGGGUAACCAGAAAUUUCAGCUGCCACAAUCAACAAGUCCAUGGAAGAGAAAGCUGUACUUUUUUCUUCGCCACAAGUUGAAACUUCCAGAUAUGCUUUUAGCUGGACUUUUCUCACUCUCUGCAAAGGUUUGGGCGGUUAUUAUUUUGUGGUUCAUUUUGGCACCUGUUGCUAAUAGAUGGCAUCUUGGUCCUUUAUACAUACUUGGCACGGGCUUUGCAAUUAUCUUCCUGAAUCUGGGACGAAGGCAAGCAGGAGAUGUUAGCGCAUAUUCAAUCUUCAAUGAAGACUUCAGGGAGCUUCCCGGCACUCUGAAUGCUGAUCGCUUGGAUAGAGAUAUCCGUGCUGGUCAGAUGUGAGAGCUGAUAACUUACGUUUGUUGAUAAAAAACACAUUUGCCAACUGCACAGAAAUUUUUUGUUGUAUAUGUUGUUAACCCUAUUAAGUGAUAUGGUGUAGUAUAUUUCUAAGUGAUGAACCCUCUGGAGUAGUGAAUUCUGAUGUUUACAUCAUUUACUGAUGUCAGCAUAUAUGUGAACGGGGCAAAGGAAAACCAGUGUUUCGGAUACUGGAUCAUAUCAAUCAGUUGUAUCAGCUUAGAUGUGAUUUGUUGUUCAAGCUUCUACGAUUUCAUUACGAUCUUAUUAAGGUUUUCACAUUGUGUGUACGUGAUCUGAUCGUUGUAUCAUUAGUCUCGCCGGAGAAGAGUAUGAACUAGUGUUUGGUUUCAUGGAAGGGAUGUAGAGAGGUUUUGGAAAGA